CCCUCCCUCCCUCCGCCCUUGUUUAUCUCACCUGAGCUGCUGUCAGAGCAGAGCACAGAAGCUGCUGGCUGUCUCAGUGUUUGGUUCUUUUGGAUCCAGUCAGGAUGAGGCUCCUCGUUCUCCUCGCCAUGGUUCCAGCGGUGUGGAGCUACCCGUCAGGCGCCGUCACCUCCAGCUGCAGUGACCUGACACCCCAGCACAGGGGAAGCUCACAGACAGGAGCAUCACCGUACACCGUGACUGCAUCAACCAGGAGCUACGCAGCGGGACAGUCAGUGUCAGUUCUCCUCCAAGCUUCAAGUGGAAAAUCGUUUACGGGAUUCCUGCUGGAGGCCAGAGAAGUUGGAGGUCAAACUCCUGUGGGCUCCUUCUCCGUCUCCUCGUCUGAUGCUCAGCUCCUCACCUGCAGCAGCCAGCCUAAAUCAGCUGUCUCCCACACUUCAGCCUCUACAAAGACUCAAAUCCGGGUGACAUGGCAACCCAGCGCAUCGCAAGUGAAAGAUAUCGAGUUCCAUGCAACUUUCGUACAAAGUUACAGCGUCUUCUGGGUGGAUUUGAAGAGCCUCUCCCUGAGUAGAUCUUCAAACGGCUCCACCACUUCUCCUCUUGAUAACAUCUCCAGCAGCGGCUGUGGAUCCUCAAAGAUCUGCCUCAGUCAGCCCUCUGGCUGUGACCCUGCAGUCAGCAGCAGCUGUUUCUUCAUGUCAGCCACCGCGCUGUCUCCUGGCACCGUGAGCUACGAGAUGUCUGGUCCCUCCAGCGGAUACAUCGCCUUCGGAUUCUCUGAUGAUCAGCAGAUGGGAAACGAUGACAUCUACAUCUGUAGCGUGGGGGCUAACAGUCUGGUGUCGGUUCAGCACGCCUUCUCAACAGGAAAAACAACUCCAACCAGCCUGCCUCUGGGAAACGUGUCUGGUGUGGAGGCAUCGAUCAACAACAACGUGAUCAAGUGUGUCUUUGUUUCUUCAAACCUCAUCUCCACUCAGCGGGCGUCAGUCAGCAACCAAACCUACUACCUCCUCUACGCAUAUGGACCCAGCAGCAGCAGCGGACAGAUCCAGAGGCAUUCAGGGACUUUUGUCAGCAGCAAUAAGAUGGACAUCUCUAACCCGCAGACGAGCCAAAGCUCUGGAUUACCCAAGAUCCUCCAAGCGCACGGGACGUUGAUGCUCACAUCCUGGAUGACCACUGCCACCGUGGGGAUGAUGUUCGCUCGAUACAUGAAGUCAACAGCAAAGGGACAGAAGCUGUUGGGGAAGGACGUCUGGUUUGUGGUCCACGUGGCUGUGAUGAGCAUCACCGUGAUCGCCACCUGCAUCGCUUUCAUCCUUCCCUUUGCCCAUGCCAGGGACUGGUCUGGGGGAGCUCAUCCGGUGCUGGGAUGCCUGGUUAUGAUCCUGUCUCUGCUCCAACUGCUGGGGGCGCUGCUGCGCUGUGGACCUCAGCAUCCUCGGAGGUUUCUCUUCAACUGGUUUCAUGCUUCAAACGCGGUGGCAGUGAAGGCUCUGGCUGUGGCGGCCAUUUUCACCGGCCUGAACCUGGUUGACUCCACACACGGAUGGCUGAUGAGUGUGAUGGGAGCUUUCCUGGGCUGGGAUGUUUUGUUCUACUUCCUGUUUGAAGUCAAAAUCAGGUGGAAGAUGAACAGUGCAGGGGAAGUGUCUGGAUCCAGAACGCAAAGUGUGGUGCUGAGGAUCGUGUACGUGAUGGGAAACCUGGCCUGUCUCAUCGCUCUGCUGGUUGGAAUCGGAACGUCGUGAGCUGGAGAAAAGUCAGGACCAACAACGUUCAAGUGGACCAUGUUCCGAUGGUCAAGAAAUGCUGGAAAUUGGUCGAGAAAGUUUUGCGUCGCUAAUAAAAACUUUUCCAACCAGAUAUGUUUGAUUUGACUGCAAAGAAGCUCUGCCCCAAGAGACACACAAACAAUGGAAUUCUUUACUUUUUAAAAAUCUCUUAAGAUGUAGAACAUUCAGCGCGUAGGAACUAGUUUACAGUCAACACAUUUCUCAUUCAUUCAGCACCCAUCAGCAAUCCUUCACUGCUGCUCUUCUUUAUGACUCUCGGUUUAGUAAAAAACGAAAGUUGUUUCAGUUGUGCUGAGCCUGAACACAGAGCUGUCAGCAGACAAAGAGGACAUCAUGGAGGCACAUCCACCACUCAGAGGGCGAGCCCGGCCCACUCAUCAAAACAUUAAAGUUUCACAUUCGGUAUUGCUGUGUCUUAAAAUUGCUAAAAAUUGACAUUAGAACUUGACUAAAAUAAAAUAAAGUGAGCACUCAAUCCACGAUCAGUAAAGAGAGAUAGAGAUUUGUGCUUCGCUGUCCCUACACCACUCACCACUGCACACUGUUAGAACGUGUUUGACUCUCACCAUCAGCUACAAUACAAUAUCUUUGGUUUCAAUACAUUUUCAAAUGCAUCUAAUUUGACUUUCCUCUCUAAUUCAAACAGUACCUAGUAGCUAACAGUUCACAGCAUAACUUAAACCAUCAUAACCAGGUUUUUUCUUUGUUCCACGACAAAACAAUCCAGUAAAAAUUCUCAAAGUGUUAAAUUUCCUUACGGCUGGAACAAUCUUCCUUUAUCCCUACGAUACAUCUUUGUCAUUAUUUAAGAAGUCUCUGUUAAUUCAUUUUAAACACAAAUGUCUUUGUUUUUAAAUUCUGAAUAUUUCAUUUAUUGCAGGAUGUCUUUAUUCCAGCAUUGAUUCAUUUUUCUAUGUGGUCUUUUAUUUGCUUUUUUUCAUUCUUACAUUUUUUUAAAUGUUAUGAUAGGGGUUGAAAUUGAGGGGAGGGUGUGUACGUAUGUGUGUGUGUGUUAUGUGAACUUAAUUUAAAUGUCUACUGAUUUUGCUUGGUUUUUACACGUUCUACUCUGUCAUCUGUGUUUCUGAUUUUUCUUUGAGGAUCCUCUUGAAAAGGAGAUGUUGCCUCUCUAGAAAGUAUCCUCUUAUCUUAGUUAAACGUGUAAAUAAAUAUAUAAAUACAUACUGGCAAACGCCGUGGCGACGAGCAUAUCAGCUCCACCUCUCCACUUGAGGCUCCCCAGAGUGUUGGUGAACCCAUUAAAUGUUUUUAAAAUUAUUUUUACGCCAAUUAUUAUUAAACUCUGUCAUAAAAUAAUAAUAAAAACUAAAAAAAUCGCUGAAAUGUUAAGACUGCUCAUGUGAAAGUGUUUCAUUCUCUCCCGUUCCUCUGAGGCUAUGGACCAUUCCAUCAACAGCAAGUUCACAUUAGAGACUUAAGAGAUUUUUAAAAGUGGUAAAACAAGACAUAUAUUUGUAUGGCCUUUGAAAAGGGAAAGUGGAGGGAGAAAGCAAGAAAUGUGUUACCUUACUUCCAAAAAUGAAGAAAGAAAACAUGAUUAACAACUGAAUCAAAGGAACUGAUGAAGAAGAUAAAGAGAGUGAAGAAUGAGAAACAGGGAUCGAGAAAGGCAAA